AUGGUAGAUUUAAUUACUCCCUUAUGUCAUUGUAUCUUCCUCAAUGCACUUUUUACCCCCCCCCAUCCUCCUCUCUUCUCUCGCUCUACUCCCCUUUUCCUCCCUCCCCACUCCACGUGUCCUGCUCCCUUCUCUCUUCUCCUUGCCUCCUCACCUCCCCUCUCCCUCUGUCACCUCCCUCUGGGCUUCAGGCACCAUGUACACUAUGUGAUCCCGUAUGAUGGGGACCAGUCUCUGGUGGACUCUGCAGAGAACUACUUUGUGAGUGACAGUGUGACCAAGCAGGAGCUGGACCUGAUGUUGGGGCUGCUGCUGGGCUUCCUCCUCAGCUGGCUGCUGCUGUGCCUGGAUGGGGCGCUGCACGCUGCCCUCAGACGUUGGAGGGCCAAACAGCACCAUGAUGCGUUCUCCUGGUCAUGGGUUCCCCGCUUCUGUAACCUGGGGAGAAGGGUGCACAUGAGAAAGGUAGAGGACUCAAGUGGGAACAUGGUGCACAUUAAGCAGAAGCUGUACCACAACGGACACCCCAGCCCACGCCACCUCUGAGAGCAUUGGACUGGCUGAGACCAUAGACUGAGACCUGCUGACAACUGACCAACCAGACACAAGGGCAGCUAAACAAAGACUAUUCAAGAUAUACCCUUCAAAUCAUACUGUUUCUUAUUGCCACUGGAUAGAACAAUUUAACUGGCCCAAUGGCCUUCACACACAGUGCAAAACUCCUCACUGUCCAUAUUUGUCUUGACUGGAAAUGAUUUCAUGUAAAAGGAUGUAGGUAAUGGAGGGUCAGUUAGUAGUGGGGUUAGCAAUUUGAUAAAAGCGUGUUUUUCAAAAUAGUAUAUAUAUAUUUGGUUUUAGAAUGUGAAUUUUGCUAGAAGUGGGGAUAGGGUGUAUAGGGUGC